AUGGAGAGACCGCCGGCCUACUUUGUGCACAUGAUGACGGGCGCCGACUUCAUGAAAACAUACAAUACGCUCAGCAACGAGCUGGUUCACUCGUUGCGACGGUGUCAAUGGUUUGCGGAUAAGGAUGAGAAGAAAUCCCUUGAAAUUCUACUCGACAUGUUCUACAACGCGUUUCGCAGAGCGUCCACCGAUCGAGGAGUCAUCACACUGAAAGAGCUCAUCGACUAUAUGAUGCAAAAUAUUCUGAAAACAUACAGCACGCUACGAAUCAAUAAUAAUGGAAACGGAGACUCGCGACGCCGCCGUGUCAACUGGAUAAUCAACAAGUUGCGGAUGGACGAGGUGAAUGGGAUUCAUAAGCAGUCGGUGAAUUUUAUGAAGCAAAUUCCGAUCGAGAUCCGACGUGACUGGAUCAACUUGUCGGCGAUGAGCGCCUUGAUGCAAGUCACUUUUGAGGUUGGCUACCAAGCGACAUCCUGCGAGUGGUCUCUCCGCCUCUCCCAAUUCUGUGUCACGUUCUUCGAAGUCUUCCUCGACGUCUUCUGUCAGAUGGUCGCCGAUGAGGAGGAAGAGGAGUAG